CCUUACUGCUAUACAUAAGGUCUUUCUUCCCACAAGACGUUCGUGACUUCAGCUCCACUUGACAUCCUCUACGACCACAACUUGAACUCCUUUCUUGACCAUCAAUCGACACACAACAGGAACAGAUAUAUCCGGUCUCACAUAACAACGCCGAGCCGAAGCCUGUCCGACCAAGCUAUCACCCCAGAGCCCACUCCAGAUCGACCAUGGCGGACACAUCGAAGCCGGAAUAUGUCCUCUGGCCAUACACACCUUCUGUUGUUGGCGGAGUGAUUGCUGCUAUUGUCUUUGCUCUCCUCACAUGCGCCCAUGUCUUCCGACUCAUCAAGAACCGCACAUGGUUCUGCAUACCCUUCGUCAUCGGUGCUUUGUUCGAGACCAUUGGGUACGCCGCGAGAGCAGCAGCACACAAUGACACUGUCACCAAGACGCCUUACAUCAUUCAAUCCGUCCUUAUCCUAAUCGCUCCGAUCUUGUUCGCUGCCUCCAUAUACAUGAUUCUUGGACGCUUGAUUAUGCGUACCGACUCCGCAUCCUACUCGAUCGUACGCGCCAACUGGAUUACCAAAAUUUUCGUUAUUGGAGAUGUCUUUUGCUUCUUCAUCCAGAGCGGUGGUGCUGGUAUGCUGGUGCAAGCUAAAGACAAGGACGGCGUCAAGAUGGGCGAGAACAUCAUCCUCGGUGGUCUGAUCCUGCAGAUCCUGAUCUUCUUGUUCUUCGUCGUUAUUGCGGGUACAUGGCAGCGCAGGCUGGAAUCCAGGCCUACAGCUGCCUCCGCCGAUAUUCCGUGGCAGAAGAUGGUGCGCUUCCUUUACGCUGCGAGUGCCUUCAUCACCAUCCGUAACAUGUGCCGUGUCGUCGAGUACGCUAUGGGCAAGGAGGCUUACCUUCUCCAACACGAGUGGCCGCUUUACAUCUACGACUGUCUCAUGAUGAUCGCUACUCUCGCCGUCUGCCUUACCUGGUACGACCCCAACAUCAAGCCCGGACGUAAGACGGAUAUUGAGUUCGGCAUGCGAAGAUAGGAUGAUUCGUCAAGCCUUGUGGAGGCACAAAACAAAUGUUCUACACACGUGGCUUC